CGGUUGAUGGAAACGGAUCUUAAAGCGGAUACAAAAUAAAAACGGGGAAAAAAAUCGAGUCAAAAUUAAAUUGAAAGUGUUAAGGUUUUUUAAAGAAAAGUGUUCCAAUAUGAUGCGUUUGUUGCAAUCUCGGGCAACAUUACCAACUGCUGGGGAUAAUGUUGCCAAAAUGUUUUUCAGAUAUCGUCACCAAGGCAAAGUAAUUGCCAUACGUCGUGAAGAUCAAUCCGUAUGGGAACGUAGAGCUGCAUUUGGACCCUCACAUGUUCAAAAAAUGGUUAAGCAGGGCGUUAAGGUUAUAGUGCAGCCCUCCAAUCGUCGUGCCUAUCCCAUGCAGGCCUAUAUGCAAGCUGGCGCCAUUAUCCAAGAAGAUAUUAGUGAAGCUUCCGUUAUCUUUGGUGUUAAACAAGUACCCAUCGAUGCUCUCAUACCAGGCAAAACCUAUUGUUUCUUCUCCCACACCAUUAAGGCUCAAGAGUCGAAUAUGGCUUUAUUGGAUGCUGUGUUGGAAAAGAAGAUCCGCUUGAUCGAUUAUGAGCGCAUCAUUGAUGAGAGAGGCUCUCGUCAGGUAGCCUUUGGCAAAUAUGCUGGUGUUGCUGGUAUGGUUAAUAUUUUGCAUGGCAUUGGUUUGCGUUUGUUGGCUUUGGGUCAUCAUACACCCUUCAUGCACAUUGGUCCAGCCCAUAACUAUCGCAAUUCCUCUAUGGCUAGACAGGCCAUACGUGAUUGUGGUUAUGAGAUUUCCUUGGGUAUGAUGCCCAAGUCAAUUGGUCCCUUGACUUUUGUGUUUACUGGCUCCGGUAAUGUGUCACAGGGAGCUCAAGAAGUCUUCCAAGAAUUACCCAUUGAAUACGUGCCACCAGAAAUGUUGAGAAAGGUGGCCGAACACGGCAGCCAAAACAAAUUGUACGGCUGUGAAGUCAGCCGCACUGAUCACUUGGAACGCCGCGAAGGUGGUGGUUUUGAUGCCAAAGAAUACGAUGAAUACCCAGAACGUUAUAUUUCCACUUUCAGCCAAAAGAUUGCUCCCUAUGCCUCAGUCAUUGUAAAUGGCAUUUACUGGGCUGUGGGUAGUCCCAAACUCAUUAGUAUUCCCGAUGCCAAAAAUCUACUUAGACCUGCCAAUACCCCUUGGUUGCCCACUAGCAAAGGUAGUCCUUCCUUGCCUCACCGCAUGGUAGCCAUCUGUGAUAUUUCUGCCGAUCCUGGCGGUUCUAUUGAAUUCAUGAACGAAUGUACCACCAUUGAUACCCCCUUCUGUCUGUAUGAUGCUGAUCGCAAUAAGGAUACUAAGAGUUUUAAGGGUCCUGGUGUUUUGGUGUGCUCCAUUGAUAAUAUGCCCACACAAUUGCCUAGAGAAGCUACCGAUAUGUUUGGUGAAUUAUUGAAUCCAUUUGUAAAUGACAUCAUUAAGAGUGAUGCCAAGAAAACUUUGGAGGAUGAGCAUUUCUCAUUCCCCAUCAAAUCGGCCAUUAUUGCCAGCAAUGGUAAAUUGACCGAGAACUAUGAAUACAUUCAAGAAUUGCGUGAAUCUAACAACAAUCGUUCACGUCACAAGAUUGAAGGACGCUCAGAGUCUGACAAGAAAGUAUUAGUAUUGGGUGCCGGUAUGGUAUCUGCCCCCUUGGUAGAAUGGUUGCACCGCGAAAAAGAUGUAUCCAUAACCGUAUGCUCACAAAUCAAGGAUGAAGCCGAUCGUUUAGCUAAUCAGUAUGCUGGUGUAGACAGUGUCUAUUUGGAUGUCAAUGAAAGUACCGAUCAUUUGCAAGAAUUGUGCGGCAAAGCUGAUGUAGUAAUUUCGCUAUUGCCCUACAGUUUGCACGGUAUGGUUGCUAAAUACUGUGUAGCUGAAAAGACCCAUAUGGUAACUGCCAGUUACUUGAAUGAUGAAAUCAGUGGUUUGCAUGAAGAGGCUCGUCGCAAUGGUGUGACCAUUAUGAAUGAAGUUGGUUUGGAUCCUGGUAUUGAUCAUUUGUUGGCUUUGGAAUGCAUUCAUGAGGCUCAAGAAAAGGGUGGUGUUAUUGAAUCAUUUGUUAGUUACUGUGGUGGUCUUCCCGCUCCCGAACAUUCGGGCAAUCCUUUGAGAUACAAAUUCUCCUGGUCUCCUCGUGGUGUUCUCUUGAAUACUCUGUCGGCUGCCAAGUACUUAAGUAGAGGACAAAUUGUGGAAAUCUCUGGCGGUGGUGAUCUCAUGUCAAAUCCCAAGAGUUUAGACUUUUUGCCUGGUUUUGCUUUGGAAGGUUUCCCCAACCGCGACUCAACCAAAUAUGCUGAUCUUUAUGGUUUGGGCAGAGACGUUCACACUUUGUUGAGAGGUACCAUACGCUACAAGGGCUUCUCUGAAUCUAUACAACCCAUGCAAUUGUUGGGCUUGAUUGAUCCUGAACCUCAUCCAAUGUUACACCCCAGUGGUCCCGAUGUAACCUGGCGUCAAUUGGUCGUACAUAUGUUGGGUUUGUCUGAUAGCAGUAUUUUCUAUGAAAAUCUUAAACAAAAAUUGAUUGAACGUAUUGGCGAUGCUGAAUGUUUGGAAAAUUUGGGUUUGCUGGAGGAUACACCUGUUGUGAAACUUAAUACACCUUUGGAUACUUUGAGCCACUACUUGGCUAACAGAUUGGCAUUUGAACGCCAAGAACGUGAUUUGGUUGUGUUGCGUCAUGAAGUAGGCAUUCGCUGGCAAGAUGGUCGUAUUGAGGAACGUGGUAUUAACUUUGUUGUCUAUGGCCAACCUAAUGGUCACUCUGCCAUGGCCAUGACUGUGGGCAAACCAGCUGCCAUUGCCGCUAAAAUGAUUUUGGAUGGUGAGAUCCAAGAACGUGGUGUUGUCUUGCCUUUCACUCGUGACAUCUACCGCCCCAUGUUGCAACGCUUGAGAGCCGAAGGCUUGACUGCCACCGAAACAUCGAAAUUCAUUCAUCAGUAAAUCAUAAUUCCAAUAAUUCGAAUGGAAAUUUGAUGUGAAAUUUUACCGCUUACUCUUAUGUAGUUUUGUUUUAUUAAUUCUUCAUUAUUAAUUGUUUAAUAGUUUUGUUUGUAAUUAAAUUGUAGUUAAGUUUUAGCUUAAGGAUCAUGUAAUACAUUUUCGUUAUAUUUAAAAAAAAAUAAAGGAACUGAAUUUAAAAGAUUGAAAAUAUAAAAA